UUUACCUGCCGGUUCGAUGACUGUGGCAAGAUCUUCAAGCGAUCGGAACAUCUCAAGCGCCAUGUCCGCUCCAUCCACACGAUGGAGAAGCCAUUCGAGUGCCCGAUCCAUAACUGCCCCAAGAGGUUCUCCCGCAGCGACAACCUGAACCAGCACAUUCGCAUCCAC